CUCACCCGACCUGUCAGGUGUGGUCUGGAGUUCUUAUCGGAGACACUCAAAUUCCAAGGUUUUUUUUAGAGGCUGUGUCUCAGGAAUCGAGGGCAAAGACCGAAUUCCUUGGGUAAAGUUGAUGUAAACCUCACACCUUUCCUUAGAUUAUUUUUUGUGUUUUUGUUUGUAGGAGACAGCAUUUAAUGAAAAGUCCACGCUUAAGGGGUGAAAAUGGCAGGCUUCCUGGAUAACUUCCGUUGGCCAGAAUGUGAGUGUAUUGACUGGAGUGAGAGAAGAAAUGCAGUGGCCUCCGUGGUAGCAGGCAUAUUGUUUUUUACAGGCUGGUGGAUAAUGAUUGACGCGGCCGUGGUGUACCCCAAGCCAGAGCAGCUGAACCACGCCUUCCACACGUGCGGUGUGUUCUCCACAUUGGCCUUCUUCAUGAUAAAUGCUGUGUCAAAUGCGCAGGUGAGAGGUGACAGCUACGAAAGCGGCUGUUUAGGAAGAACAGGUGCUCGAGUUUGGCUGUUCAUUGGUUUCAUGUUGAUGUUUGGGUCACUUAUUGCCUCCAUGUGGAUUCUUUUUGGUGCAUAUGUUACCCAGAAUACGGAUGUUUAUCCAGGACUAGCUGUGUUUUUCCAAAAUGCACUUAUAUUUUUUAGCACUCUGAUCUACAAGUUCGGAAGAACCGAGGAGCUGUGGACCUGAGAGUGCUUCUUCAGCCACGUUGCCUUUUCGUUACGUUCUAUCUGUAGACACGUUUUUCUCUCUCAGCAUAAUUUACACAUGGCCGAAUGGAAUAGGCUGUGCAUUAAGUGUUUCUUUCCAUUUCUGUGCUCUGAGUUUUGAAAUAAUUUUAUGAAAUCCUGUCUUUUUAUUUUUCAUUGACUAGAUUAUUAAUAUGUGCAUAAUAUAGGACUGUGUAUAUGGGACAAUGAGUAUCAGCUUUUUAUUCCUGAAGACUUAGGGCUUGAUCGCUUCCCUGAGCCAGGGCUGUGCCAUCAUGUCAUCUUAACUGCUCUGUUUCAGUGUGUCUAAUUUCUGAAGAUGUGCAAAAAAUACAGCUCCAUGUAUCUGAAAUAAGCACUGAGCCAUUGGAAACAAAGGUAUUUCAGCAAGUUGUAAUUUAUUUUGGCUUAAAAAUGAGCUUUUUUUUUUUUAAAGGAAAAAAGUGUUUGUUCUUAUGUAUUAAAGAAGUGGACUUUUAUAUGAAGAUUUUUUAAAUGCCUGAAGGACUAGUUUGAAAGCCUCUUUUAGAAACAUCUCUGAUAUGACUUUAUUUGGGGAGGGAUGAUACUUGAUCAGAUACACUGAGUUUUAUAAAGUUACUGUAAACACACUCAGGAACACUCGACAGCGGGUUUCUUACAAAAGCAGCUUAGGUCGCCCCUCCACUCGGGUUCAGCCAUGACAGCCUACCAUUAUCCACGUGACAAAAUUCAAUUGUCAAGCAAGUUUGCGGCAACUACAGUUUAAAAGCAGGAACCAUGUAACGAAAAGGAGAAUAAUUAGUUUAAAGGUGAAGCACUUUCUUCUGAAGGGAAUAAUUAACAACCUACUGAAAAAUUAAGCGUUUCAGCCACUUAGCUACCAGACUGCUGUUCUCUCUUCGCUCUAGCUCUCGAGAUUCAAAUGAAGCAUUCCUGCAAAAUAAUUAUCUUCAACUUGAAAGUUCGUGCUCCAGUCAAAUACUUCUUUUACUGAGUUUCAAAUACUGUAUUUGUACUCUGCAUCCUCCUGUGAGAGACUUCAGGGGGUUAGUUGGGUCUUUGAUGCUACUUUUGCUUUCGUUUGUCAUACAAGUUUUAUGUUGCACUUUUUACCCCAGAAGGAUUUUAUAGAGUGUUUGUUCUAAGACAGAAUGAGUGGUAUUAAAGUGUAGUUGUUAACGCAAGCCUUGUUUGCCAUAACUCCUCUCUCUCAGUGGUUUGCCAGGCACAGAGUAUGAAGCAGGUUGUGGAAUGCUGUGCCUUUGUCUGGCUGCCA